AUGGAUCGAUAUGAUGCUGCCCGGCGAAGGCAGGCCCGUCCUGGUAGAUCAGCAUUAGGAUACUGGCUGCCUUUGGUCGUUACUGUAACCAUUGCGACGGCCGGCUUAGCCGCUUGGAUCUGGAGCGAGCGCCAACAAGACGACGACGAUGAUGAUAACGACCGACACGAUGAAACAGAAGACGACACAUACGACCACCCCCUCGAGUAUCCUGACCAUGUACCACAAUCCAGAGACGAUGCACCCGAUGCUCCCGACCAAGGCUUCCUGGCUCGCAUGACUGGCCGCACACCGUCACCUCAGCAGUUCUUCGAUAAUGCCGGCCAACGAAUCCGCUCAGCUGUCGGCUUCUCUGGCCCCAGUACUGUCGAGAGGCAAAACGAAGGACCAGACCCUGCCUUCUCAGACAACGAACACUGGAACGAGGAAGCAGAAACAAAGCGAUCUAUGAGACCUGCUCCUUCAAGUCACCAGACCAACAAGCCCAAGAGAGCUGUAGCCAUAGUUCUGAACGGAGAGGACCAACAUGAUGAAUCUGCAUACCAUACCGAUCACGCUUCUAUCCUGUCUCACCUCCCCGAGCACAUCGACCCUGCAGCCACGAACCUCUUCAUAUUGAUCCACGCACCCAACCAAUCACAUCUUCCCGAGCUCCCGACAUCCACAUCCACCUCAACCACCCUCUCAUCCUCAUAUGCAUCUGUCUCCUAUCCUGCCUCGUCCCCCAAGUCGCUGUUUGACUCACUCUGGCAAAAGUCCUUGUCUCUGGUAGAUAAGCCUUCGCAAGUCUUGCCAUUCUCAACCCCAACAGGCUACAUACAUAUCCUUCGCCAUCUCUCACCUUCGCUCGUCUACCUAUGCGAUAUUCCCACUCUCUCCGGCCACAAUGGCGAACAUGUUCGACAACUCAAAGGCUGGGUUGGUCAGACGAUUCUCGUAGUCGGGGACGAUGGCGCCGGCGGCCUUUUAGACACAGAAACUGAGACCGAGGAUGAAGGAUCACGAAGAGGCAAGAGCAGAGAGCAGACGAUCGACAAGUGGUGGGAGUCCUCGGAUCUCGUCGGUCUUGGAAAAGACGUUGAAGUUGUGGACAUAGGACGAAUGGGCGAGGAUUGGUGGAGAAGAGUCGUGAGCUCGAAUUAA